AUGGUAACAAUUAUCAACGGAGAAAUAGUGCAGGACAACGAUCCAAGAGCUCAGGCUUACAAACAACGGAAUAGAAGACCAGAAUCUUUGACUGAACAAGGCGUACAAGGAGGUCCAAAUAGCUUCAGUACAAGACAAAGACCCAAUGGACCUAGUGUUUUGGGACAAGGGUCAAUGCUCGAUCAACUUAAUAAUAAACUACUCGAUGCUGGUUUUCCGCGCUGGAAUCUUGGACAAAACGUAGUACAACCGAUUGUAUCGGUCAUCUUGUUAUUAGCUCUUUUGCUGUUUGGUCUUAAAGGUCUUUUGAUAGUCGGUUUUAUCUGGUUCAUGUUGAGGCACUCUGCUGGUCAGCAAUGA